GGCUCUGCCUGUGACCCUCCGUCCCCCUCAUCAUGGCCCAGCCGGGUCGGGAGGUGGAGCUGAGUCGCCUGGUCCAGGACCGGCUGCCUGGCCCCGUGGCCCAAGGGAACGGCCCCCUCAACUUGGCCGACCAUCUCCCCAAUGUGCCCAGCUACCGGGUCCCCCUCACCCGCAUCCCCGUCCUCAUCUCCCGGAGAACGGCCUUGUCCAACUCCAGCUUCGCCAAGGAAACCAGGAGCUCCGUCCGUCUCCUAGUGCCUGCCACGAAGCAGCACCCAGAGGUGCAGGUGGAGGACGCAGAUGCUGACCGCCAGCCGCUCACCGUGGAGGAGAAGCCGGCCUCACCAGAGCGGCCGCCACCAUCACCCGCCAAGUCGGAUACCCUCGCGGUGCCGGGCUCAGCUGCCGGGACCCACAGGAAGCGGCUGCCCUCCCAUGACGACGAGGCUGAAGAACUUAAGGCGCUGUCCCCGGCCGAGUCCCCGGUGGUCGCCUGGUCGGACCCCACUACACCGCAGGGCACUGAUGGCCAGGACCGCGCAGCCUCCACGGCCAGCCAGAACAGCGCCGUCAUCAACGACCGGCUGCAGGAGCUGGUGAAACUCUUCAAAGAGAGGACGGAGAAGGUGAAAGAGAAGCUCAUUGACCCGGACGUCACCUCCGAUGAGGAGAGCCCCAAGCCCUCCCCUGCCAAGAAGCCCUCCGAGCCGGCCCCGGAGGAGAAGCCAGCGGAGCCGGAGCAGCUGGAGGAGGAACAUUACUGCAACAUGCUGUGCUGCAAGUUCAAGCGCCGGCCCUGGAAGAAGUACCAGUUUCCUCAGAGCAUCGAUCCACUGACCAACCUGAUGUACAUCCUGUGGCUGUUCUUCGUGGUGCUGGCCUGGAACUGGAACCUCUGGCUGAUCCCCGUGCGCUGGGCCUUCCCCUUCCAGAGGCCAGACAACAUCCAUCUGUGGAUGAUGAUGGAUUACCUGUGUGACCUCAUCUACCUCCUGGACAUCACCGUCUUCCAGCUGCGCCUGCAGUUUGUCAGAGGGGGGGACAUCAUUACGGACAAAAAAGAAAUGCGGAACAAUUACCUGAAAUCCAGGCGCUUUAAGAUGGACGUGCUCUGCCUUCUGCCUUUGGACUUUCUCUACCUGAAAGUGGGGGUGAACCCCCUCCUCCGCCUGCCCCGCUGUCUGAAGUACUUGGCCUUCUUCGAGUUUAACAACCGUCUGGAAGCCAUCCUCAGCAAAGCCUACGUCUACAGAGUUAUCAGGACCACCACCUACCUGCUCUUCAGUCUCCACGUCAACUCCUGCCUCUACUACUGGGCCUCCGACUACCAGGGCAUCGGCUCCACCACCUGGGUUUACGACGGCGUAGGGAACAGCUACGUCCGCUGCUUCUACUGGGCCGUGAAGACCCUCAUCACCAUCGGCGGCCUGCCCGACCCGCAGACGCUCUUCGAGAUCGUCUUCCAGCUCCUGAACUACUUCACGGGGGUCUUCGCUUUCUCCGUGAUGAUCGGACAGAUGAGGGACGUGGUGGGGGCGGCCACCGCCGGCCAGACCUACUACCGCAGCUGCAUGGACAGCACCGUCAAGUACAUGAACUUCUACAAGAUCCCCCGGACCGUGCAGAACCGGGUCAAGACCUGGUACGAGUACACCUGGCACUCUCAAGGCAUGCUGGACGAGUCGGAGCUGAUGGUGCAGCUUCCGGACAAGAUGCGGCUGGACCUCGCCAUCGACGUGAACUAUGACAUCGUCAGCAAAGUGGCGCUCUUCCAGGGCUGUGACCGACAGAUGAUCUUCGACAUGCUGAAGCGGCUGCGCUCCGUCGUCUACCUGCCCAACGACUACGUGUGCAAGAAGGGGGAAAUCGGCCGCGAGAUGUACAUCAUCCAGGCCGGCCAGGUGCAGGUCCUGGGCGGCCCCGAUGGGAAGUCCAUUCUGGUCACGCUAAAAGCCGGAUCUGUGUUUGGAGAGAUCAGCUUGCUGGCCGUGGGGGGCGGGAACCGGCGCACGGCCAACGUGGUGGCCCACGGCUUCACCAACCUCUUCAUUCUGGAUAAGAAGGACCUGAAUGAAAUCCUGGUGCAUUACCCCGAGUCCCAGAAGUUACUCCGGAAGAAGGCCAGGCGCAUGCUGAGACAGAACAAGUCCAAGGAGGAGAAGAAGAGUGUGCUCAUUCUCCCCCCACGCGCGGGCACCCCCAAGCUCUUCAAUGCCGCCCUGGCUGCAGCAGGGAAGAUGGGUGCCAAAGGCGGCGGCAAGCUGGCACACCUGCGGGCACGGCUCAAGGAGCUGGCAGCACAGGAGGCGGCGGCCAGGCAGCAGCAGCUGCAGGAGCAACAGGCCAAGGCCUCAGAAGGAGAAGCAGGAGGAGCCGCCCCGGACCAGCCCACAGCCCCAGCGGCGGCCGCCCCGGACCAGGCAGCCAAGGACCAGGCUGCCCCGGCCCAGGCCGCCCCGCCUGCGCCGGCGCCCCCAGAAGCCCCGGCCGCUCAGCCAGAGGCGGGCGGGGAAGGCGCGGCCGGACCCUCGGAGCCCUCGGUGCGGAUCCGCAUGAGCCCGGGCCCCGACGCUGGGGAGCAGACGCUGUCGGUGGAGGUCCCCGAGGAGAAGAAGAAGGACGGGGAGUGAGGCGCGGGCCGGGAAGAUGCUCUGGGGUUCCCGAC